GCUAUGGCAACGCAAGUGGCCACCCGAGCCCGGUCGAAGUUGUCGGCGUUAUGCAGGGAGCGACUCCGGAAUUCGCCGUCUUGCCCCGCGGGCAGCCGAGUCACACCAUGAAUAGGUUAAAUGUUCUUGUGGGGCAAGGAAUGCCUAGGCCAGGGGCUUCUAAGGUUUCUGGAAUGUUGGAAGUGAUCACUCCUGAAGAUGGGUUUAUCUUAGAAACUCGUUUGCCUUUGUCAAGGCAUAAUAGUUUGGGAAGGACAGAUGCAAUGAAGGAACAAAAGAAUAAACAUAAUGGAAGAUUGCAUGUGUUUGGUCCAGAAGAGGAAGUAGUUAUUGAACCAGUUCAAACAAUCCCACGUAUGGGAUGUGGAAAUGAACCUACAGGCAGAUCUUACACUCCGUCAAAGCAGAUCUUGUUAUGUACAGCUAAAUCAUUAGAAAAACGGAAUGCUUUAGCGGCAAGAAUUGUGAAAAAGAAAAAUCCAAGGGCGAAUGUAAAACCACAUGACUGCCUUGAAGAAACAGAUGAAAAAAUGAAAAAUUCCAAGAUUGAUGAAAAGAUUGUCAACAAUGAAGUCUGUACUGAACCACAAAAGGACAGUGUGGACACAAAAAAUGAGGAUGAAAAGCCACCAGAUAGUUCAGAUGACGAAAACAAGACUGGUCAAAAAGGCAAUGAAACUCAAAAGAGAAUUGCACCACUACAAUUGAUGGGAGAGUUUCUGAAAGCAAUAAUGGAACGGAAUUACACUCUUGCAAAGAAGCUUUGUCAGAUGAUUCUGAUAUAUGAACCAAGCAACCCUGAAGCUAAGCAAUUUCUUCCACUUAUUGAGAAAAAAAUGCUUCUGGAAAGUCAGUGUGCUGACAAAGAAGAUGAGGAAGCUGAUGAAGAGAGCAGUGAUGAGGCUGAAGAAGAGUCCAACAGUUCAGAAGGCAGUGAGACUGAAAGUGAAACAAGUUCUGAAGAUUCUGAAGACUCCUAGAAAUUUGGAAGCUCCAUCAAUGAGUGUUUCUUUUUUCUGCAAAAUACAUUAAAA